AUGCUGCAGAUAGUCCUGUUUGCCUUAGUGGUGCUCAGCGCCAGUCUGGACCUGAUGACUGAGGCUGCUGCUUUGACCGAAAUCCAUCAGGCAGGAUACUGCGCCUUCUAUGGUGACUGUGGCAACAAUCCUGAAGUUGGGCCUGGGCUCAUCCAGCGCAAUGUGCCCUGCCUUUCCAACACCCCAGCCCGGCUGGUCCAUGGCCCCCACCUCAGCUUCCUGAAGAAGGUCUGCCCGAUGCUGUUCAAGGGAGCCUCCAGCACCUACGCCUGCUGCUCGCAAGAGCAGUUAUACUUCUUGGAGAAGGGCCUCUCGCUGACCUGGGCCAUUCUGUCUCGCUGCCCAGCCUGCAAGGAGAACUUUUCCAACAUCCACUGCCAAAACGUCUGCAGCCCAGACCAGAGCCUGUUCAUCAACGUCACCCGGUACUUCAAUCACACCAUCCUGAAUGUUCCGGUGAAGGGCGUGCUGGAGUUCCAGUGUUACUACAACCAGCAGUUUGCUGAGGGAAUCUUUCAGUCAUGCCAGGGAGUCAGGUUGCCAGCCACUGGAGAUUAUGUCACGAGUGCCUCAUGUGGCAAGUACGGGGCAGCUGCAUGCAACACUCAGCGAUGGUUAGAUUUCCAAGGUGAUACAAGCAAUGGGAUGGUCCCUGUGGCCGUCUCCUUCCAGCUGAAACCAGGGGACUGGGCAACUGAGGAGAGAAAGAUUUUGCCACUCAAUACAACAGUCUGGAAAUGCAGUGAGGCUGUAAAUAAUAGCACAAAGUGCUCCUGCUCGGACUGUGAACAGUCGUGUCCGGCCAUCCAGCUUCCUCCUUCUGAAUAUCAGCCCUUCAAAGUGGGGAGAAUGGAUGGGGUCCUGUUUGUCUGUGUCCUUCUCUUUGGUGUUAUUGCACUAUCAUUUAUGGCCUUGCUGCUGUGGCAAAGGUGCCCCUCGUCUGAGAAGCAAAAGGGACACAACAGAGAGGAUGCCGUGACUAAGUUGACUGUCUCUGAGAAAGUGAGUCAGGCCAUGUAUGAUUUCUUAGUUGAGGCCUUCAGCAGUUGGGGCACAUGGGUGGCCUCUAAUCCCAUCAAAGUCAUUAUCAUUUCUCUAGCCAUUGUGGUAGGACUUUCCAGUGGAAUGAUCUGGAUGCAACUCACCACGGACCCUCUGGAGCUCUGGGCCUCUCCUGACAGCCAGGCCCGGCAGGAAAAAACACUCUACGAGAAGCACUUUGGGCCCUUCUUCCGGACCAACCAAAUCAUCCUGACAGCCAAGAACCGCUCAAGCCACAUUUAUGAUUCUCUUUUUUGGGGCAAGAAGAACUUUAGUGGGGUCCUCUCUAAAGAGGUGCUACUGGACCUGAUGGACUUGCAAAUCAAACUGCAGGACUUGAAGAUCUGGUCUGAAAAGCAUCAUCAGAACAUCACCUUGCAGGACAUUUGCUAUGCACCUCUGAAUCCCCAGAAUGCCAGUCUCUCGGACUGCUGUGUUAAUAGUCUUUUGCAGUUCUUCCAGAACAAUCACACCCUCCUGGAGAGGAAAGCCAACCAGACCGUGGGGAAGAUGAAUGGCACGGUUGACUGGAGAGACCACUUCCUUUACUGCAUCCACUCUCCAGCCUCUUUUCAAGAUAUCACAGAGCUGAAGCUGAGCUGUAUGGCAGACUACGGAGCCCCCGUGUUCCCCUUCCUGGCUGUAGGUGGUUACUCAGGGUUGGAGUACUCCGAAGCAGAAGCUCUCAUCCUCACCUUCUCCUUGAACAACUUUCUCUCCAGUGACCCACGUUCUGACUUUGUGCUGUUGUGGGAGAAGCAUUUCCUGAAGGUGGUACAGGAAUUUCAGAAAAAUCACACCGAGACAUAUGCCAUCGCCUACAUGGCAGAGCGCUCCCUAGAGGAUGAAGUGAGCAGAACCACGUGGGAAGACCUCCCCAUCUUUGCUGUCAGCUACCUGGUGAUCUUCAUAUACAUCACGGUGGCCCUCGGAGAAUACUCCAGCUGCAGGAACAUCUUGGUGGACGCCAAGGUGACCCUUGCUCUGGGAGGCAUUGUGGUGGUGCUGGGGGCUGUGCUGUCAUCUCUGGGCUUCUACAGCUUUGUAGGGCUGCCCUCGUCCCUCAUCAUUAUCGAAGUGGUGCCCUUUCUGGUGUUGGCGGUUGGUGCUGAUAAUAUCUUCAUCUUUGUGUUGGGACACCAGCAAUCCCAGCCAGCGGCUGGGGAGACCCCGGAGCAGCAUCUUGGGCGCACUUUGGGCAAGGUUGCCCCCAGCAUGCUCCUGUGCAGCCUCUCUGAAGUCGUCUGCUUCUUCCUGGGGGCCCUGACCCCCAUGCCUGCGGUCCAGACUUUUGCCCUCUCCGCAGCCCUGGCAGUCUUCUUCGUCUUCCUGCUCCAGAUGUCACUCUUUGUGGCGUUGAUGUCCCUCGAUAUCCGCAGACAGAAGGCCUCUCGGGCCGAUCUCUGCUGCUGCCUCCGCCUGGCUGAGUGCGACUCCGUGAAGCCACACGAGGGGCUCCUCCGCACAUUCAUGCGCAAGAUCUACACGCCAGCCUUGCUCGGCAGCAGCAUGGUCCGGGCUCUGGUGGUGCUGCUCUUUGCCCUGCUUUUCUGUGCUGGCAUCUACCUGACAUUCCACAUCGAUGUGGGGUUGGAGCAAGAACUGGCGGUACCCCAGGACUCCUACAUGCUGCAGUUCUUCCAGUUUUUCAACCAAUAUUUUAUGGUGGGUGCCCCAACCUUCUUUGUUGCCACUGGUGGCUACAACUACUCCACAGUGCCCGGAAUGAAUGGCAUCUGUUCCAGUUCUGGGUGUAAUAAUAACUCCAUGAUGCAGAAGAUCCAAAUAGCCACCAGGUUCCCUGAGAAGUACUUUCUGGCCAUUCCUGCUUCUUCCUGGGUAGAUGACUUCAUUGACUGGUUGAACCCUUUAACCAAAUGUUGCCGCAUUUACAGUUCUGGCCCUGACAAGGGCAAGUUCUGUCCCUCAACCAUCGACUCCCUUUCCUGCACUUUCACCAAAUGCAUGGGCAGCUUGCAAGGCACCCUCCGGCCAAACCCAGAAGAGUUCAACAAAUUUCUGCCCUGGUUCCUCCAUGACAUACCCAACCUCAACUGUCCCAAGGGGGGCCUUGGAGCUUAUGACACAUCGGUGCAUCUGGGCUCUGAUGGGCAGAUCUUGGCUUCCCGGUUCAUGGCCUACCACACACCCCUGAGGAACUCUCAGCAGCACACGGCAGCGCUAAAGGCGAUGCGGCAGUUGGCAGCUAAUAUUACAGCUACUUUGAGGGAAGUCCCCGGCACUGAUCCAAACUUCCAGGUCUUCCCAUACACAAUCACCUAUGUGUUUUAUGAACAGUACCUGACUAUCACCACCGUUGGCAUCAUCAACUUGGCCCUGUGCCUGGUGCCCACCUUUGCAGUCUGUUACAUCCUGCUGGGCCUGGACCUGCGCUCAGCCUUCAUUAAUCUGCUUACCAUCAUCAUGAUUAUUGUGGACACUGUGGGUGCCAUGAAUCUUUGGGGAAUCUCCUACAAUGCCGUCUCCCUCAUCAACUUGGUCACAGCAGUGGGCAUCUCUGUGGAAUUUGUCUCCCACAUCACCCACUCAUUUGCUAUCAGCAAACAAUCUACCAAACUAGAACGCUCCCGAGAAGCCACAAUCAACAUGGGAAGUGCGGUGUUUGCCGGUGUGGCAAUGACCAACUUGCCAGGCAUUGUGGUCCUGGCAUUUGCUAAGGCUCAAGUGAUCCAACUCUUCUUCUUCCGCCUGAACCUCAUCAUCACACUCCUAGGAACGCUGCACGGCCUGGUGUUUCUGCCUGUCAUCCUCAGCUACUUUGGGCCUUCGGUCUGUCAAGCAAGGCCAGAGCUGCAGCCAAGAAUGGACAACCCCUCCGUUCCUUCAGAAGGCAACGAAGUUCCUGACGUCGACCAGACCACUCUGCAUCACAGCCCGGCUACAGCCACAAGUCGUGACCUGGGCAAAGCUGGCCUCUAG